GCUCAUGAGAUAUCCACAAUCUUUCCGUUUUCUGUCGAGUUUUCAUUGUCUUUUUGUUCAAAACGGAAACGACUGUCAGUGCCUCGUGUAGUAGAACCAUUUAGCUACCCACAAGCCGCUCCCAAUAAAUUUGCUCCAGAAAAAUCGUGACAGUUGUAGAAGAUUUAAGCGUGUGCUGCCUAGGAUUUGGCAUUCGCCGCAAGCAGUCCUCUCGUGGAUCGUCGCUACACAGCUUUUUAGUGUCUGUGUGUAAGUAUGUGUAAGUAUAUUUUGAAUGUGGUCUUACCGUUUUUAGUUUCCUGAUCUAUUAGCGCAGCUACCUCCACCAGCUGCCGCUUCGUCGUGGUGUAGAAAACUCCUGGAACAGAACGUGCGAUUUCUGAUGUAUUAAUUGUGGCUGCUCCUGCUGUAUUACCAAGCUACUACUUAUUUACAUUUUUUGUUUUGCAAAUCGACAUAGAAAAAAUAUGGUUGUCCCCGCGCUUCUGGGACUCAGCGGGUUGGGUUACUUACAGUGGAAGGCCGGAAAAGAUAUCCUUGCUGAAAACGUCUUCAGAUUUGCGAUGAGCAGAAUGUGUGCUCUGAUGCGGAUUCGAUUGAGAGCCGCUUUCACAUAAUGUUUGGGGAUAAUGCUUGCUCAGUAUGUUGAGAAAAUAGCUUCGUGAUGAGGCCGUACGGCUAGCCUCGAUGACAUUGUAGGCAAAAUUUUGCUGUGUGCAUACCGCAGUAUUUCAGCAUCCGGGUCUUGAUGCAUGUCAGUCUGCAGAAGUCACAUCGCUGCCUAGAGGCUGGGGACGUCUUCAAGCAGGAUAAAGGACCUGAAUGCGCUAACCGAUGGACAAUCGCACAGUCCUUUCACAUUUUGGGCCGGACUGUCGCUUGGAGGCCUGCUUGGAGUGUGGGUAAGAAUUUUUGCCGUGUUUGAAGCGCAUUCCGACGAUUUCCUGCAGUGUGAGACACGACGUAAGUACUCAGUGUCCGAUCAGUGCGCAUACAUCUUCAAAUUUAAUGUCGCAUCCUAAUCUACUUGAUCGAUUCCGUUCCCAUUUUGUAAACAGGUGUACCGUGGCUCUCUGGUCUUCGAAGUAGAAGUAGAUUCGACUAGAUGAUGCGUGCUUGUGAAUCAUGCAGAAUAUUAGCGCGUUUUAAGACAACAACGCACUGCAGGUGGGAACAAACUAUGGACCAGCCAUUGUACGCGGCUACCAAGCAUGUGAAACAUUUCUCUCUUGGGUGGUUCCUUUCGGGUUUUCCGGAGACGACAGUAAUCGCAACAACGCGGACGGCGCCCCUCCGAAGAAAUAAUCAGCAUGUUCUGGAUUACCAGCACAAAUCAGAGCGUUACACAUAGCAUAAUCGUUCUUGGUGACCUACUGAUGAAGUAUGGUGCCCACCGCAUCCACACCUGUCGUCGAAAUUUUUUUCUCGAGAAUAUUUGGUCGUCUCUGCAAGCGAAUCAUGCACAGCGUGGUCAAAGUGAGCGCUGAUACAGCAUACCAUCGACUGCGAGAGUGCACCAGUUGCGCGGAGCUAAAAUGCCGUUUCAAUGUCUGUUCUGAAGUCUCCUUCAAAUAAGAAGAAACUUG